CACCCCCACCCCCACCCCCACCAUGCUCCUCUCCGACCUCAUCCUCGACAAACGCGGCUCGCUCGCCAAGGUCUGGCUGUCGGCGCACCACGAGCGCAAACUCAGCAAGGCGCAGGCGCUCAACGUCGACGUGGGCGAGAGUGUCGAUGCAAUCCUAACAGAGUCGCGCCCUAUGGCUCUUCGCGUCUCCGGCCAGCUCAUGCUCGGCGUCGUGCGCAUCUACGGCCGCAAAGUGCAGUACCUAAUGGACGACUGCCGCGAGACACGCGAGCGCAUCUCGAUGACAUUCCGUCCUGGCGCCGUCGACCUGCCGCAGGACCAGGUCCGCGCGUCCCGCGGCGCCAUCACGUUCGAGCCCGCAGGCUUCGACGCGCUCGACAUGUUCGACUGGGGCACGUUCGACGUGCCCGCUCCCGAGGGGAGGGGGCUGCACACGGCACCGCUCACCCAGACCAACCUCCGCGGACGCGAGUACGGCGCGUUCAACUUUGGCCGGCCGAAGGCUGCGUCCAUCUACGGCGACUCGUCGCGCGCUGGAAGCGUUGACGACUCUACCAACCACCUCGACAGCCAGGACUUCCAGCCCAUUGACUUGGACCUUGGCCUCGACGACUUCAGCAUGGAAAUUGGGCGUGACGCGCUUUCGGAGCGCUCGCGGUCGAAGAGUUUGCUUAACACCCCAUCGGUGAUCCACGAGCAAAUGGACCUCGACGCCCCCUUCGAGGGGGGUGACACCUUUGAGCCCCUCGACUUGGGCUUAGAUCUCGGUGACCUCCCAGAGCUGGAGGACGAGCCCGUGCCCGCGCUCGAAGCGUCAACGCCGGCGCCGGACGACCGCGCACGCCGCUCGUCAAGCGAGCUCUCCACCCCGCCCCCCGAGACGCUCGAGACGCUCGACCUGACCCCGCGCGUCGCCAAGCGUGUCGCGGACGCCAAGGCCGCGCCGCGCCCGAAACGCGUGCGCAUCGUGCGCGCCGACGACGAGCUCGAGCUCCCAGACGAAGACUUUGCGCCGCCCACCGACGACUCCCCAAUUCUCGGUACGGAGAACUUCAUCCCGGCCAACCCGGCGGCCCUGCGUCUCCGCGACAUCCUCGACGAUCCCGCCGCGCACUUCUUGCCGACGCUCGACGCGCGCCUCUUCGCGGGCCCGCCGGGCCUCGCGCCUGAACUCGCGGAACUUUUCACCUUCCCCGCACACGUGCUGCGCCGGCAUCGCACUCCGCCGCGCCAGGCGACGUCCGUGGCCCCCGAGGCUGUGGCCGAGGCUGAGGCUGAAGCUGAGGCUGAAGCUGAAGCGGAAGCCAGGGCGAGGGCAGCUACCUCUGAAGCCGCGUCCGAGGCCGACGUCGAAGUUGCGCGCCGCGGCUCGCGCCACCCCAGCCACGACUUUGGGCUGAGCUUCGAGCCCGACACCCUCGAGCCCGCGAUGGACAUCGAGAUGGAGCGCGAAGCCACACGCGAGCCGUCCGCGCCGCUGCUGCUGCCGCGCCCCGCGUCCCCGCCGCUCGCGGACGGCACGCACCCCCUCGCGGCGUUCGACACGCGCACCCUCUCAAGCCAGGACGACGAGUCCGUGUCCAGCGCCGGAACGGGCGGGUUCAGCCGCAACACGGCGCUCGCGAUGGGCGUGCUCCGCCGCGAGUUGCAGGCCCGAGGGGGAGAGGGAGAAGAAAGCAAGGUCGAGUUCAAGCGGCUCGCGCGCGGCGCGAGUAAGCGUGCCGCCAGCGCCAUGUUCUUCGAGCUGCUUGUGUUGGGGACGCGCGACGCCGUCGUGCUCGAGCAGGAGAGGGCGUAUGGCCCCAUCCAAGUCAGCGCCAAGGAGCGCUUGUUCGCCCUCACGGCGUAGCGCUGUUCGUGAUUCCCCGUCGUAAUAGUAUCCAUAGACUGUCCGUUGUAAUGCAUCGUAUGAGCUGCGUCA